AUGGCUCAAUCAAAAUCCCUGUCGGCAAUUAGUGAUGUACCUCUCGAAGAGCACCGAAAAGCUGACAACAGCGAGGAAGAGAAUAACACCAGUUCUGAGGCAAACCCCAAAGAACAAUAUACUGUCCUAUCCGAGAAGGAGAAGGUUUUCUAUAUAUUCAUCGCUUCUCUUGUUACACUUCUAGGUCCUGUCUCCUCUGACAUCUAUUACCCGGCUCUCGACCUUUUAUCCAAAGAUCUGAAUGUCUCCAAGACUCAGAUGAGCCUCACGAUCACUGCCUUUAUGGUAAAUGCUCCUUGUACUGCCACCUGUUUUGAAAAGCUGAUGAUUAAUUGGAACCUGCAGGUUGCACAAGCAGUAGCCCCGCUCCUAACAGCAAGCGUCUCCGAUCUCAAAGGACGUCGACCAGUCUUUGUUGUGUGUCUUACAAUAUACAUAAUCGUUAGCGUCGCGCUAGCCCUGCAGUCAAGCUUCCCAGCAUUGAUCACCUUGCGCUGUUUGCAAAGCCUCGGGAGUAGUGGUGUGGCGGGAAUCUCUUCGGCAACAACUGCAGAUGUUAUCACAAGAGCUGAGCGUGGCAGGUACUUGGUAUAUACCUCCUUAGGAUGGACUAUUGGACCUGCCAUCGGCCCCAUCAUCGGAGGUAUUCUGGUCCAGUAUCUAGGGUGGCGCAGUAUAUUCUGGUUUCUGACUAUUCUCGGGGGUAUAAUACUCGUUCUCAUUCUCGGAUUCCUCCAGGAAACAUGCCGGGUCAUUGUAGGAGAUGGGAGCGUGCCUCCACCGCGCUGGAACCAACCUGUACUGGCACUUCUGCGCCCCAAGCACCGAGUGAGCCCCAAUCACCAGAGUCUCGUUACGUUUCGACGUAGGCCUGGUGUGUUCGAUAGUGUUCGGCUCGUCGCGACGAAGCAGUUCGGGUUUCUGAUCCUAUUCAGCACAUUUAUCAUGUGCGGCUGGAAUGUGAUUUUAAGCUGCAUUCCUUUUCUGUUUGAGAGCAAGUACAACUUCAAUGCACUCCAAGUCGGGCUAGCAUACAUUCCCUUUGCUGUUGGCGGCCUGACAGCUCGCUGGACCUGCGGUACCUGGACUGACCGUAAUUUCAAACGUCACGGGCGGCUUGCUGGCGUUGAGAUUGUCCGAAACCAGCAGUCAAAACACAUGUUACUGAAGAUCCCUCUAGAAAAGGCCCGCAUUGAGAUCAUCUUGCCUAUGGCAUUCCUCUGGUUUGUCUGCCUGAUUGCUUACAGUUGGCUGAUGCAGUACGACGUCCAUGUGUCGGCCCCAUUGGUGGUGAUGUUUUUCCUGGGCAAUGCAACAGCCGGAACUAGUAACGUUCUGAGCAUGCUAAUCAUAGAUCUCCAUUCUCAUCAACCCGCCACUGCGAUGGCAGCGCUUAAUAUAGUCAGAUACGGAGCCAGUGCUGGAGCAGUAGCGGCAACCAUACCUUUAAUCAACACUAUUGGCAUCGGGUGGACGGGGACGCUCUUCGCCUUGAUCGGUCUGGUUAGUUCCCCAGUGUUAUGGGUUGUAUAUAUUCAUGGUCACGAUUGGAGACGCGCGAAGGAAAGCACAGAACAAUAG